ACCAACCACCAGGGGCCAUGGGGCCGACUUGCAUCAGUUUCCUUCAAGCUGAUCCACACAAGUCGGACGUGUGUGACUACUGAGAAACACCUAUGGCUCCUACAACUACAGGGUCCGCUAUAAUAAAGAUGUCAGCUGAGAAGGGACUACUCGACGCCGGGGCCUUUGCUCUUGUAGAGACUGGCAAGUCAGAUACGGACAAAGCGGACUUCGAGGAAAAUGGACUUCUGACACAUUUGGAUGACCUGUCAGUCGAAGAGGAGGAAAGAGAAGAAGAGAGAGAAGAUGAGGAGGAGUUUCGAGAGUUCUACUUGAAAUGUGGAGGAAAUGUGGCUAAAACGAGAGCCGCAAUCUUACACAAAUUGAGUCAACACAAAACGAUCAUCGGACGCGUUGUAGGGUCAGUUAUAUUAAUAGUCUAUCUUGUGUACCUUGGGUUCUGCAUGGACUACGCAUUUGGAGAUGAAGGCUCAAUCCGGCUUGUCUGGGGGACGUGUUUUGUCUUGUUUAUUAUUGGGUACAGCAACUUCAGCGAGAAAAUCUUCAAAAAGAUUGGAGGUGUUUGCAGAUGCCAGACGCUGAGAAGGCCCGUGGUUCGGAAGGGAAUCAGAUGGUUCCUCUACCUGUCCAUACUUGCGUUGAUUAUCACUUACCUGUGUCUAACCAUUCUCCAAACAAGUCCAGAGAACUUCAUCUCCCUCGCAGGACUGGUCUUCUUCAUAAUUAUUGGUUACAUUUUCUCCAAACGCCCAGACCUGGUAAACUGGCAUGCAGUGUUUUGGGGGAUUACCACCCAGUUCCUGUUUGCGCUGUUCAUCCUCAGGUCCAGAUUUGGAUACAGUGUUUUCAACUGGCUGGGGGCGAGACUCGAAGGGUACAUGAGGCACACAGACAAAGGCUCUCAAUUUGUGUUUGGGGACAGCUUCAGAGAUCACCAGUUUAUAUUUGUGACAAUGCCACUGAUUAUUUUCAUGAGUUCCACAGUCAACAUGCUGUACCACUAUGGGGUGCUCCAAGCUAUUGUCAAGAACUUCGGGAAGUUUCUCUACUUCUGUAUGGGUACGAGCGCUAUUGAAUCUGUGAACGCUGCCUUCAACAUGUUUCUUGGACCUUCCGAGGCUCCAAUGGCUAUUAAACCCUUCCUGCCACUACUGACUGCAUCCGAGAUGCACGCCAUCAUGGUGGCAACAUUCGCCAGUAUUUCUGGAAGUGUUUUUGGAAUGCUUGUGAACUUUGGAGCACCAGCCAACCACCUUCUCACAGCGUCUGUGAUGUCUGCCCCCGCCGCGCUCGCCAUGGCCAAACUGACCAUGCCGGAGACAAGAAGGACAAGGGUCCAACCAGAGGAUGCUUACAAUAUAAGAAUGGCCAAAUUUCAGAGCGUACUAGAAGCGAUAUCUAUCGGCGCGGUUGACGGCAUCGCACUGGCGUCCACAGUCGUUGUCAACCAGAUCGUCUUCAUCGCUGCUAUUGAAUGUAUAGACACCGCAUUUCAAUGGUUUGGUGUCAGGGUUGGAGUGCCUGGCGUGACGUUUUCGCUCCUCUGUUCCUAUAUGUUCUAUCCUCUGGCCUAUAUUAUGGGCUUCCCCAAGGUCGACCUCUUCAAGAUAGGGGAACUGAUGGGCAUCAAAAUCUUCGCCAAUUCUUUUGUUGGAUUUAUGGAGUUUGGCAGGCUGGUCCUUAACAGAAAGGAUCUCGAGCAGUACCAGCUGGUUCACAAUGGCACCUGGCACUGGCAAGAUGGCAACGUUAUAUUGGACGCAACCAAUGUAACAUUGGUCGGUGGAAUUCUUGAGAAACGUUCUGAGGUGCUUGGUACGUAUGCCUUAUGUGGACUCAACCAUAUAGGAGCUGUUGGUGUUGCCAUGGGAACGUUGAUCGCUCUUUGCCCUGAACGGAGGACCACUAUCACCAAAUAUGUCCUGAGGGCGAACGUGACUGGGCAGAUGGCCUGUUUUAUGACAGCAUGCAUCGCAGGUUUGCUAUACGAUGAAUCUUUACAGUCAGCGUGAACAACUUUAACAGUGCGGUUGUGUUGUAGCUGGUGCAAUGGGGACCAGUUCAAUAUCACAUUUUAUCAUUACGUUUCAGAUUUGGAACACCACCCAUGUUUGCAAUAAACGGAUUAUAGCUGA